AUGUCUUCGAAUGACACUGAUGUCCAUAUCAAUGCCUCGUUCUCCUGUGCCGACCCGUCGGUGGAGGGGUACCGGUACUUAGGCGUGGUGUGGGGAUCCGCCGUGACGUUGGUGGGAACACUGGGAAAUGUUUUGACCGUGCUGGCCUUCGCCACUGACUCUCAUCUACGCACACGCUUCAACGUUCUCAUCGUCAACCUGGCAUUGGCUGACCUACUCUACUGCACCCUGCUUCAACCAAUCAGCGUUGAUUCCUACCUGCACUUGCGCUGGAGGGGCGGGGACACAUGGUGCCGAAUUUUCGGCCUGCUCCUCUUCCUCUCCAACAGCGUGUCCAUCCUCACUCUGUGUCUCAUCGCCAUCAGCCGAUACCUGCUGAUCGCCCACCGUAACACCCGGGCCUUCCGCGUGCUCUUCUCCACCACGGGCCUGGCGCUGGUGCUGGCGUCCACCUGGGCUCUCGGCCUGGCCAGUUUCGGACCUCUUUGGCCCGUUUAUGUGUUUGCCCAGCAGGUCUGCACCUGCAGCUUCCAUCGCACCAGGGGGCGCCCUUACACCACAGUGCUGCUGUUUCUGUACUUCUUCUUGGGCCUGGGCUGCGUGGGGUUCUUCUAUCUCCUCAUCUACCAGCGUGUGAGCGCGGCGGCCAAAGCCCUGCUCCGCUAUAGGCCGUCGCGCCGCUCAUCAAGACGCAAGAGGCCAGAGCCUGAGGGGUCAACGGACAGUGGGAUGGGCGGUGGAGCAACAACCACUGCCACCCACAGCAGUGAGAUCGGCGUGGAAACGGAAGAAAAGGAUCCCCGGAAGGAAGAGAUUCCAGCAAACACGCAAGGCUCAUACCAGAUUCCUCCAACUGCAGUUAACCAGGAUCGACACAAACCUGCAGUCCCGGCCCCAGUUCCCACACAGGCCCCGGUCCCGACUUCCUCUGGUUCCUCUGGAGAAGACAGCGAAUUUAAGCGUGUGACACGCAUGUGCUUCACAGUGUUUGUGUGUUUCGUGUGCUGUUUUGCCCCUUUCCUGCUCCUGAACAUAGCAGACAAACAGAACAAAGCUCCGCAGGUCCUGCACAUGUUCUGUGCCAACCUCACCUGGCUAAACAGCUGCAUCAACCCCUUACUCUACGCCGCCAUGAACCGCCAGUUUAACCAGGCCUACCGCCAACUCCUCAGCAAGGCUCUCACUCCUCUCACACGCUUCCACAGGCUCAGCUGA